AUGGCUGACUACGACUACAAUGCAGAUGACGUUGAUGCCGAGGAGGAAGGAUUCGAAAGGGAGUUCAUUCCAACCAGGGACAACGUCAUCUUCCUCAUCGACGUGCAGCAUUCCAUGUUUGAGGGCGCGGGCCUUAAAGACACAGAGGGUUUUGAGGAAUCAGAUACAUGGUUCGAUGUGGCCUUGAGGGUGGCUCGGGAAUUUCUGAAGAUGCACAUCAUAUCUUCAGACAGCGACAAGAUUGCCAUUGCCUUCUAUGGCACGAGGGUGACGCAGAACGCCAACAAUUUUGAGAACGUCUACACGCUGCAAGACUUGGAUGAGCCGACCGCUCAGCGCAUCCGAGACCUUGACAGCAUCAGAGAGCAAGAAUUUGAGGAGAGAGUGGGCAGCGCACCAGAGAAGAGCCCCGAUCACCUGAAGAAUGGCCUGUGGGCAGCGCAGCAGCUGCUGAACAGCGGCUCGUCCAAGGCUUACAAGCGGUUGAUCGUGGCGCGUGCCACGACGCUGCACGAGGCCAACGUGACGGUGGAGGUGUUUCCGCUGAUCAAGCCGGAGCGCAGCUUUGCAAUGGGCUUCUGGAACCACAUCGUGCACGCCGGAGAGGAUGCUGAGACCGGCACCAGCUUCAGCGAGGGCGCUGACACCCUCUACCGCCUCCAGAGCCUGCCGGGCCUGCUGAGGCACCGGGGCUAUCGUAAGCGCACAGCGGGCAGAGCGCGGCUGGUGUUCCCCGAGGGCUUCCAGCUGGCAGUGGCCAUGUACGCGCUGAUUCAGCCCGCCACCAAGAGCAGCCCCGUCUAUCUGCACGCCGUCAAGAACGAGCCGCUGCGCAUCGAGUCUGCCCUCAUCUGCCAGGACACCGGUGCCAUUCUGACGGAGGUGCCCAAGCGCAUGUUCCCCAAGAAGGCAGACGCCGAGAAGCUUGCCGGCCGCAUUCCCCCAGUCGUCAUCAGCACCCAGGAACUCCGAGAGCUCAAAAUUGUCAAAGACCCAGGGCUGUACCUGCUGGGGUUCAAGGCGCGCAGCUGCCUGCGCUCGUGGCACACGUGGCGGCAGAGCACCUUCGUCUACCCGGACGAGCACUCCAUGCCCGGCUCCACCACAGCCUUCAUCGCCCUGCACGAGGCCAUGCUGCAGGCCGACAGGAUAGCGGUGUGCACCUACGUGCGCACGCGCAACUCGGAGCCGCGGCUGGUGGCGCUGAUGGCAGCGCAGGAGGAGAAGGAUGACUACGGCGAGCAGGUGGCGCCACCUGGCAUGCACAUGUUGCACCUGUGCUUUGCGGACGACAUCCGCACGCCAGAGUCAGACCCAAACCUGGUAGGCACCUCCUUCCCCGAGGCCAGUGAAGAUCAGAUCGCAGCCGCAGAGGCGAUGAUUGACAAGCUCAGCAUGGGCGACAGCGCCUAUGUAGGCAUGUUCCAGAACCCCAUGCUGCAGCGGCAUUACCAGGUGCUGGAGGCCCUUGCCCUGGGCGAGCUGCCUCCAGAGUUUGAGGACAAGUUGCAGCCAGACAUCCAGGGGAUGCAAGGGGUGGGCGGGGCAGCAAUCGACGCCUUCAGAACAUCGGUGUAUGGAAAUAGCUACGAUGAGCCGGGCUUUGGGGCCAAGAGGCCGACUGCUGGCAAGAAGCGCCCAAAUCCUGAGGAAGAGGCCGUGCUCAAAGAGGCCAUGGCAGACUUUGAUUACCAGGGUCUGGCGGCAAAGGGGACGCUUGGCAAGCUGAAAGUGGACGAACUGAAGAAGUACCUCAAGGCAAAUGGCCUGAAGCUGACCGGCAAGAAAGAUGAACUCAUACAAAGGAUUACAGAACACAUCGAGAAGGGCAAGGCUUGA